UGGUGUGUGCCCGUGUCUAUGUAUAUGUGUGUGUGUGUAUUCGUGGGAGAAAGAGAGACUCCGAGAGAUAGGAGCCUGGCGUGUCCAGACAGACUACAAUAGAUGGCAGAAGCUAACAGUGGAGGGACAUCCCUCCUCCCCCCAGUGAAGAGCGUGGUGGUCUACAGGAACGGAGACCCCUUCUACUGCGGGCGAAGGUUUGUGGUCAACCAGCGACAGGUGGCCACCAUGGAAGCCUUCUUAAACGAGGUGACCCAGAACAUAGGGGCUCCCCUGGCCAUCCGGAACCUGUACACCCCCCGGCAGGGUCACCGGGUGGGACACUUCCAGGACCUCCACACCGGAGGGCACUAUGUCGCUGCUGGCUUUGAGCGCUUCAAGAAAUUAGAUUACCUGAAUACAGGAUUGAAAAAAACUUUUGUUGCCCGUGAAGGAACUCAGGCAAGAGUAAACCAGAGGCCCAACGUCUCAGCCAAAUGGAGAAAGUUCAUACCAAUACCUUGCAUCAUACAUGUUUUCCGUAAUGGUGACCUGCUGUGUCCGCCGUUCCGGUUCAUCAUCCCCCGCAGCAUGCAGCAUGACCUGGAGCAGGUCCUCCGCAUGGUCACUGAGAAGGCCAGCCUACGGACCGGGGCGGUACGCAGGUUGUGUUCUAUGGAUGGAGCCACCGUGACCAUGGGGGAAAAGCUGGAGACGGGCCAGUGCUACGUCGCCGUGGGAACCGAGAGGUUCCGGAAGCUUCCGUACGUCGAGUUGUGGCUUUCAAAAGUGCAGAGAAAUAAACGGAUGGAAAAAAGAGCUGAGAUGAUGAAGCCAGCAACUGGUCCUGUGGACAGGUUCAGUGACUUCGCUCUUCUGGAUUCCCCGCUGGCCGACGGUCGCAGGGUGAAGUCGUCGGGGGACGAGGCCACGGAGGCCGGAAUUCCCCCAGCGAAUCAGGGCAGGGUGAUUGCUGAGGAUCCCGUCAGGAUCCAUAGGGACCGGGGACAACCCAGGGUACCGGUCCGCAACAGACCAGAGCAGACCUACGGCUUGCACUACAAGGCAGGCAGGAGGCGCAGGGAGGAGGUGCGAGGAGCCCAGGAGGUGCCGGAGGAUGAGAACACGCACACAGAGCUUCCUGUGGACCAGAGAAUAGCAGAAGUGGUGGAGGAUGAAGAGAAAAGCCAUGAUGCUGAUGUUCAGCCUCAGAACAACGAGAAGCUAAUAAAUGGAAAGAUGAUGACAACAGAUGGCUCACCAGAGCACCUCAGAUCAAGCACGCCCCCGCAAAGAGAUUCCAGCAUACAGUUUCAAAAUGAAACUCAACUAUACCAGAGAGUAGCAGAAGUGGUGGAGGAUGAAGAGAAAAGCCAUGAUGCUGAUGUUCAGCCUCAGAACAACGAGAAGCUAAUAAAUGGAAAGAUGAUGACAACAGAUGGCUCACCAGAGCCCCUCAGAUCAAGCACGCCCCCGCAAAGAGAUUCCAGCAUACAGUUUCAAAAUGAAACUCAACUAUACCAGAAGCACCCAGAGCUCAGGGUGACCAACAUGAACAAAGUGCAAGAAGUUGAGCCGCACAAAGGCUCCCAGGCUGAUCUCGGGCAAGAACAAACGGCUGCCAUCCCAAGGGUGUCUUCCUCCACAUCCCUGGCCUCAAGAAGUGGACAGGUCGAAGAGGAAAACAGGGCAGUGGAAGGAUACGGAUCAAGUCCACAAUCCCCAAACUCAAAGGAGUCUUUACCAAAGUCCCAAGCAGACAUAAUGGAAACAUCCGAUGCACCAGUGACCAAAAACGGAGGUCCUUUCAACCAUAUAACUACCUAAAAUGUACUGUGUGAAUAACGAUGACCACUGAGUGCAAAGUAUGAGCCGUAUACCUACACAGCCUACACUGGUUAACGAAUAUUCAUGUCUGUGUGAAGUAUAUCUAAAACCCAAUACUGUGUGAGACCGAUGACUUUAUGUUACAACUGUGAAAUAGAGACAGCUAUUAGACAGCUAUUGACUGGGAAAUAGAGAGUUGCUGAAUAUUCAUUUAUUACAUUAUACAUUCAUAUAUAUUAAACAAAAUGCAUACAGAAUGCCCAAAUAACCUUUUUUAUGGAAAUAAACAACUAUUCAGCAGGGCCCACCACAUAGCAAAAGCAAAAAAUAUAUAUAAAAAAUAUACCUAUGUUAUGUAAAUUGUUCAUUUCACCAUGCUUGCGUUUGCACACUAACGGCCACAGAUCACAGCGGACACGGCGGCAGUAAGACAGCCCCCGUGAAAAGGCAAUGACAGUUUGUUUGUUCGCGUUCAACCAUCACCUUUUUUGUAUGUGGUUUCUAUAGUGUCUGUAUAGAUGCCAGUAAAGGCGUUUAGUGCCGUAAAGUACAAGUUAACGAGCAGGAAAUUCUAUUCAGGGGCUGUAAAUCUGCUUUAGCACUGAAGUGCACCCUAUGUGAACCCAGGGCUCAGCCUAUUUAACAGGAGGAGUGGGCCAGGGCUUAUACCCUAGUCUUUGAUUCUUUUUUUGCAUUUCAUCCUAAUACUUUGCGAAAAAACGAUCAAUUCCAUGAUCCUUGUUACCUGACGGGGGCACCUCCUCACUGGAGGAUAAACACAUGUGAAUCAUUAUAAAGCGUGAUGAUUGAUGAUGAAAAGGGAAGAGUUCCUUAUUGAAGAGUGGCAUCUGCCUGGUUCUGUUCACUGCUGAGGAUGGGCGUGUCCCCGAUGGAGCUUACGAUGCACAGAGUGAUGCCUACCAUGGUAAGGACCAUUCCCCCGACAGCUCCUGAAGAGAGGAGGAGCAUAUAGUAGUAAAAUUAGAGGAGGAGAGCUAAGCGUAAACGUGCAAAUUUGGAUUCCAAUGUGUCACUGUUUGUUUUGUGUUUAAAAUAUAAAGAACCUAGACUACAAUGAAAUAACAUAAUCUAGUAAUAUAUAGAAAGUACUAAUUAAAAUGUUUGUUCCUACAUGUGGUUGCAAAAUUUGUUUUUAGUCUUACUCGAACCCAGUAAAUAAAGGAAGCUAAAAACGUACGUACGUUUGCCUCCAAACUCUUCGCCAAGAAUCUUGCCAGUAAGCACAGUUAAAAGGAAAGUGAGGGAGUUGGUCACA